AUGAACUUAUUAAGAUAUUAAUCCAUGCUGAUUCUACAUGUCAAUAAUGGAGAUCUGGAGAUCAGAUAUGACUUUAAGGGAAUAGGAAGGAUUAAAGAUGGCCUAAUUAAUAUAUAAGACUUUUGUAUAUGUGAAUCAAGCUACAAUCACAGAUUUAAGUUUUCAAUUACUUAAAAUUAUACUGAGUUAAUUUGAACUUAAAGUAUUGGAUUCUAUUCAUAUUUGCUCAAUAUUAGAAGAUUGAUUUAGAUUCUAAUAUUUUAAAUACUUUAAAAGUUCUUCAUAUUCCAAUUUGUUAAACUAUUAUGUACAUUUUCAAUAAUUUUAAGUGAAAAAUACUAAAUAAAAUAAGCGCAAUAAUUAAUAGGAUUAGUAUUAAUUAAGUUGAUAGAUAAAUAAUUCAAUAGUAAGGAGUUAGUAGAUCCUCAAAUUAAAUAAAACCAUUGGGAACACUAAGAUCUACAAGUGGUUAAGAUUUAGAAAUUAAAUAGGUUGAAAAAUUAACUGAUGAAUAUUUUGAAUUAACAAAGUAAAAAGUCUUUUUAACUCUAUUUUUUAUAAUGA